CAUGCUAUCCGGUCACAGCAAAACAGACAUGGGGACACUUCGGAUAUUGCUUGUGCUGAUUUUGGUUACUAUAGGUUUACAUGUUGCCGAGUCAGCGUACACAUACUCAGCGGAAAACAACCUACGGACGCUAAUCUUCACGACAAACUCGUACCAGAUACAAGCCAGGCCAGACGCCACAGUGGUUGUCAACGUCACUCUCAACGUCAUCACAUUCAACUCCCUCGAUGUCCGAAAUCAGGCGUUGACCACCACAGGUUACUUCAGUCUGGCUUGGAGUGACAAGCGGCUGGAUUGGAAUUCUAACCCGACAUACAGUUCUGACAUUGGUGCUAUAUAUUCGGAUGAGGAAACAAUAUGGAGGCCACCUCUCAUUUUAGAGAAUUCGGUCAGCGAUAUAUCGGUGAUGAGCGACGCUUCCAUUCCGAUACGGGUGGUCAGUGACGGCACCCUGUCGUGGACACCGUCUGGUAUAUACAAAACACUCUGUGAGACUGACGUAACAUUCUACCCGUUCGAUACCCAAAUAUGUGAUAUCAGCGUAAGUACAUGGGGCUACACUGCGUCUGAGAUAACUCUUAAUUUAGAUUCCUCGCCAUUGGAUUUCACUUACUUCAAAGAAAAUGGAGAAUGGGAGUAUAUAUCGUACACAACGAGCUCCACAGAUAGAGGCAGGGGAGGAAACUCUUUCUCGUCUGUGAGCUUUCAUUUGAAUUUGAAACGAAGACCAAUGUACCAUAUACUCAAUACGUUAACACCUACAAUACUGCUGGCAUUUCUGAGUUGUAUGGCGUUCAAACUUCCCGCCGAAUCUGGAGAGAGGAUAGGGUAUUCACUGACGGUUCUGUUGUCUUACGCCGUAUACCUGACACUUGUGGCUGACAACAUCCCAACGACAUCUGUCAACACGUCACUGCUGUCCGUUUACCUCGUAUUCAUCCUGGCACUUGGAAUGAUAUCAGUCCUACUGACAAUAUUGGUUCUGGAAUGCCAUCAUUCAGAUCCGGAAACGGAAGUACCAAAAUGGCUGCUGAAGACUGUCAAUGUACUAACGAUAAUAAGCUUUCAAAACAGAAAGGGACAUUCGCAUUGCUGUUGCUGUAACACAAAUAACAUUGGGAGCGUUGAUGUGUCAAAAGAACUGUCCGGCGAUCAAACGAAGGGAUCGAAGAAUAUAAAUAACACACAGGUGUUAAAGGACGGUGGCUCCAUUGUUGACUGCACGUGGUUGGAAGUCGGACGACUUUUGGAUAAAAGCUUUUUGAGGAUUUUCCUGUUCGUUGUUCUUAUCACGACAUUAUCAUUCGUGAUGGCGCUUAUUAUUGGUUACGCCAUCUAUUAGAUUAGAACAACGAUGUUUUCCACGUUUUAUUUUAGUUUGUUAAUUGUUUUUUUCUUGAUUGGAGGGGGGUUAUAAGAAGGAUGGAACUGUUUGACACCGAACGAUCCAGUUUGACGAUUUCAUUGUGGUUGACCAUGCCGUAGGUGUCAACUUUAUCCAUUC